AUGAUUGAGGCGCUCUGCCAAUCGCCGGCCGUCCAAGACAAGAAGCUUCUCAAGGAGGCCAAGUAAAGGCUCCUGCAGACAAAGGACAUCCGUGGCGGCCGGCGUGUCUGUGUGUGUCAUGUCAGGCACGUGUUGGAGAGCACCAUGUUUUCGAUAAUUGUGAAUGGUAAUCCUCAAUCCCGCCGGCGAGUCGAGAACGGCGACUAGUGCGUGAGGGUCAACGAACACGGUGAGGCUGCGACAGUGUAUCGUAUUCACCGAUCUGUAUCUCCGUGUGUCUGUGUUUGGCGUGUGCAGGAGUCGACUUGAAACACAACUGGGACGACCACUGGACGGUAUGAGAGAGGAUGGAAAGAAUGGCUGACCAUACAACCUCAACUGUCGCUUUAUGUGUCAGCCUGAGUGAAACCUGGGCCUCGACACGAAUCCCGGUGCCAAGCCCUUCUCCGAGCCAGAGACAGCCAUCUUCCUCGACCUCGUCAAAGAAGUCAAGGUGAGAGUGAGGCAGGCUUAGGAGAGACAUCAUUUGUUCGACUCUGCUCCCUUUCCGCCUCAGACGACGACGUUCGUGACAAUCCACUCAGGGACGUUCGGCAUGUAUCAGCCGUGGGCAUACGAGCAGAAGGAGGCGCCGAGAAACGCACAACGCAUGAGCAAAAUACUCAGGUACGUGUGGGUGACAUUCACACAAGAGGCCCUAAUCUGUGUCCUGUAUGUGCAUGUGGCCUGCAGAGCGCUCGACGCGAAGCACUGCACGUGUCCGUUCGGCGCCGCGGCCGUGCAGGUGGGGUACCCAUGCCCGGGCACAUCCCUCGACUUCGUCUAUGACAAGCUCGACCCACCGGCCAACUACGCGUUCGCAUUCGAAAUCUAUACAUCACCCCCACGCACCGUCGGUCAGCCAUCCGGCAGACAUGAAGAAACUCCCUUGUUCGCUUAUCAUGGUUGUUUGGUGUUGUCAGGUCUGAAAGAGCGAUACGAGCUGGUGAUGCGAAAGCAGGCAGCAGCCGACGAGCAGGACGCGAUGAGCUUCGUUGCUCUGACGACCAGCUGCGCAAGAAGAAGCACAAGCGGACGGUCAGAGCACAGGUGA